UCGAUAGAAAUGUUUUUAGCACAAUAGAUGAGCAAUACUACGCGGGAAAGCGCUGAUGAAAUCGCCACGAAUGACAGCUAUACACUUGAUUGUCUGGCGAUACUGCUAGAAUGAGCGUCAAGGAGAAAGCUAAGGCGUUCGAAGGUCGCUCAUCUGUGAUAGGAGAAAGCCCGCCACCGAUAAAGAAAAGCCGCGAAGAACUAAUCGAUGGUAGUGGUGAUGAUAACUUUGAAAGACUGUCAUCAUCUGGAACGCCUGAACCACCACCAAGAAAAAACAAAAGGAAUGGAAAAAUAAAAUCAUCUGGAGAACACAGUCCAAGAGUAGAGAGAAAAGAAAAUAUUCCAGUUAGUGGCAAAGAUUCCCAGGGGCAUCAAAAACCCCCAAGACCUCCUCCACCCCCACGGGGAAGUUCUCUUGGCCGGAAGAGUGAAUUGUUGUCAAAUUUGCAAUCAAAGUUGUCAGUUGAGAAAAAGAAAAAACCUCCUGUUCCUCCAAAACCCAAGAAUUAUGUUUCUAGGAAGGCUUCUCUGAGGAGGGACAUUACUGUCAAAAGUGAGAAGAAAAUUGUUAGUCAGCCUAUCAAGGAUGGAUCUGGUUUGGCAUUACCGUCUUCAACAAACAGUGUUUGUGAAACACAGUGUUUUGCUCCACUAGAGAAAGACACUUCUAAGGUGGUAUCAACUGAAAAUCACAAGAAAAAUAGAUCUUCCCAGUUUUUUGUCUCUUUGGAAGAAAAAACCCCUGGCAAAUUCAGUUAUGUUGAAAAUGGAUUUGUGGAUAGUAGUGGGGUUCAUAAAAAUGGAGUAGCUACUGAGCCUCUUGUUAUUGAACCUGAAAAAGUCAAUUUUGAAAAGAACAUGGCAGAUCCUCUGGAUGGUCUUGAAAUACCAGUUGAUGAUGGUGGUGAGGACUAUGACAUUCUUUCAAUACCACCAGAGGGCAAGAAUGUAGAUGGAGAAUUUUCUGAGCCAAUGGAUGUCAAUGUGGAGGUUUGUGUGGGUGAUGCUGUUAAUGACAGUGCUUGCGAUGAAUUUCAACCAGCUGAUGGUGUGAAAGAAACGGAAGAAACAGUUCGUGUAUUGUACAGUGUUGAGCUUGAGGAAGAAUGUUCUGUCACUAGGAUAGAAAAUGAUACAAAGGGCAAUGUAUAUGGAAUAGAAACCUUAGAAAUACAAGGAGGGAUCAGUGCAGAAAACAAUGAAGUUGUAGAAGUUAGUAAAGAUGAAUCAGUUGCUGGCAACCUUCUUUCAGAAAACAUAGUGGGACAGAAUUCUUCACAGACCACUAAUGAGGUAAAAAAAGACAAAAUGGAAGAAGAGUUAAGUGUUAUUAAAUUUUUAAAUGAUCAAGAGGAAAUGGAGUCUAAUUUUGAGGCUGAAGAGCAAGUGGACAGUGUUUUGGAAAAUCUAAGUGAAGAAGCAGAAGAAAUUAUACUUACGGAAGAUUCUCCAUUUGAUGAAGUACAAUGUGAAACUGAGUUAGACACUUUACAAACUUGUAGAGAUUCAACAGAACUUAACAGACUUGAAAAUGUAACUGAUGAGAGCCGUGAAGCUGUUAUGGAAGGUGUUACAGAGGGACAACAAAAUGAAUCUUGCAAAAAUAGUGAAGUUAUCAUGGCGGAACCAAUAAGGGAAGGAACUUUAUUAUCAGUUACUGAUCGUGUCAUUUCCAAGGAAAUUUCAGACACAGAUGAAGAUAAAAAUCAAUCUAAAGAUCCUACUGCAGAAAAAUUAGAAGAUGAUGGGAAUGAAGAUCACCCAGUUCUUGAACAUCAACAUCAAAAUGAAGAAUUCAUGGAGAAAAAUGAACUUGAGUUUGUUUCUACUAGAUCUGGAGAAAAAGAAUCCUGCCAAGACAUGGCAGAAGAAUUGGAGAAAACUGUACAAUCUGGGGAACAGUUGCUUGAGAAUUCAGUUUCUGAACAUUUUUGUCAAGAAGAGAGGAAAGAUGGCCAGAUGGAAUUUGUGUGUGUUAGUGGCAAAGGAGAGCAACCAAAAGUAGAGGAAGAGGUGUCAAGUUUGGAAAACACAGAGGGUUUGCUAUAUGAGGUGAAUAAUGAUCAGGAUGAAAGCGCUAUCACUGCCAUUCCUGAUUCUAAAGAAGAAGAUCUUGACACUGUUUCAUCUGAACUUGUUCAUGUGGAGCAAACAUCCUCACAGGAAAAUGUUGAGGCUGUGGUAUUUGAGUCGAAGGAAGAUCCGAGUGAGAGCAUUGUCAAUGUGGUCUCUAAUUCUAAAGAAGAUCCAGAUACUGCUUCGUCUGGAUUCGUUUAUGAGGAGCAACCAACUUCACAUGUCAAUGAAGAAGUUGUGCUUGUUGAGAUGGAGAAAGUUGAGAGUGAGUGUUUUGCGACCGCUCUCUCUACUUCUACAGAAGAAGAUCUAAAUACUGCUUCAUCCGAAUUUGUUGAUGAGGAGACACCACCUUCACUCGCCAACAAGGAAGUUGUGCUAGGUGAGAUGCAGGAGGCCAAGAAUGAGUGUAUUGUGAAUGCCAUCUCUAUUUCUACAGACGAAGAUCUUGACACUGCUUCAUGCAAAUUUGCAGAUGUGGAGCAACUACCUUCACAGGAAAAUGAAGAUGAUGAUGAUUCACAUCUUGAAUCUCCUCAGCCAGUUCCACCAGAGAGGCCAAGUCGCAAGGCAAAGAAAGAAAAACAUGUAUAUGAAAAUAUUGAUUUAACUUCAAAACAACUUGAGAAGAUUAAAAGUAAGGGGGACUCCUUGAGAAAAACUCAGUCUUUCAGUAAAUAUGAAACAGUUGUUCUCUCAAUGCCACGUCCUGUUCAGCGUGUGUCUGAUGAUGAGGUUAUUUACAGAGUUCCUGGUAAAGUCAUUCCAGUGGACAGUUUUUUAACUGAUGAAGCUGAGUAUAGCGUUCCCCUACCCAUUUCAUCUCGUGCACGUAGUGUCACAGAGGGAGAUGAGUAUGCUGUACCCAAGUCAAUCAUAGUAAAGGCAUGUGCAGUAACAGAUAGUCAUGGUACUGAUGACAGAGAAAUAUAUUCUGUUCCUGGUCAAGUCACACCUGUACCUGUCGUUGAAAAAUUCUCAGAUUCUUCAAGUAGACAGCUGGUCCAGGCAGUUCCGCAGGAGAAUGAUGGGGAUUAUGCUGUGCCUGUUCAAGAUUCUUCAAGAUGACAGCUGGUCCAGGAAGU